CAAAGUAUAUGCCAUCUGACGAAAGAUGAACGUUCUCCUAGGGUUGCCAUAUUUAGCCACCUCGUUAUUCUCUGCUAUCUUCGGGAUCAUUCAGCUUUCUGUGUAUGGGUCUCUAUUUGUUGUCAAUUCCACCAGAAAGUCCAUCAGGCGCCGUAAUGAGUGCUCAGCGCUCAUGCCCGUUAACCGAGUGCAUGCGCUCGGCAUAGCGGGCCUCCGUGACGACAGUGGGCGAACUUCUUGUUCGCGCUCCCGGGCAACUGUUGUUUUCUGCUGGACCUGACACCGUCCCUCAUGGAACUGGGACGAUAUCGAGAACUUCCGAUGAUGAUUCUAUCGCCUUGCAGCCUCAGUUUUUCCGUCCUCUGACGAUGACUGCUCCGCGCCUUAAGUUGCGCCCAGGAACAGCAGGUUCCUCCUCCUCCUCUUUUCUCUCGAACAUACCCCUCGCAGAUACCUUCUCACUGUCAUGAAUCCUGGUUUGCCAGCUGUGUCCUUCGUUUGCGCCGUGCUUGUGAUUUUGGUGACGCCCGCUCACUGGGAAUCACGGAGUAUACCUAUACUGUCGUUAAUUGCUUGGCUCUUUAUGAGCAACGUCUUUCAAGGCAUCGAUGGCUCAUUGUGGAUAGCAAACAGUGAGGUCAAGCUCACUAUUUGGUGCGACAUAGUAACCAAGCUACUAUUCGGUUCGCGAAUUGCUAUACCGGCAAUAUGUCUAUGUCUUACCCUUCGCUCAUGGCGUAUAUUUCCGGCUGUAUACGCCUCCGAGCGACGCCGCGUUCUCUCAUUCGAAUGUAUACUAUGCUUUCUAUUGCCCAUGUUCUACAUGGCGCUUCACAUAAUCGUGCAGGAUCAUCGCUUCGACAUCUACGAAGGCUUCGGCUGCACGGCAUCUGUUUAUAGAUCCAUUCCCGCAAUAUUCCUUGUCUGGCUUCCACCGCUCAUCCUCUGUAUCAUAGCCGUCCUCGUUUCAUGUAUCAUCGUCUAUCUUCGCUCUCACAACAGCCGGGCAGUUUUGGACAUCGCUUAUCGCAAUUCCGCUGGCACAUACAUCUUCCUUCGCCCACUGUUCAUCUCAUUUCCAAUCGUCUCGCUGGUCUUGUCUUCGACUGCGUUUUCGAUUUAUGCUGCCAUCGUAUCCCCAUCAGGCUUGCUUCGAUGGACGUCCUGGGAUCAAGUCCACGCGCGCUUUACCACAGUGAACGUAAUUGCAGACAUUCACGACACUGACCUCGUCGACACCGAGUUCACGUGGUGGCUUAUACCAGCCUCAACCUUCGUUCUCAUCGUCGUCUCGCUUGCUGGCUUUAUAUCCAGUGCACGGCAGGAUACACUCAGUGGUUACCGCGCUGUUGCUCAGCAGUUCUCCACGAUCGCUCUCCGCCGCGACUGGCGUCGGCAGUCGUUCGAACUGCCGAUGGAUAGGCGACCACACGUGCUCUUGAAGUCGCCAGAACCAUCCGACCUGGCAGAUCCAGAGAAAGCGCACCAUAGCAAUGUGACGCAGAAGCCACGGAAGUCCAGACCAUUUCCAAUAUCUGUCACGCUGUCAGCAGGUGCUUCGGUAUCGCCACCUGUUUCGACAGCCUCCGACGAGGUGGAUGAUCUGUUCGCUCGGUCGGCCCGGACGUACUUAGGGUCGCCCGUCGCGCGCGAAGCCUUCGGUUACGUAUCGCAUCCAUUUGCUGUUCCGGCACAGAGCACGUCUUCCCUGCCUACGAACGUCCCAGUCGUCUGGUAUGGCGAGCCUGAGCCUCCUCAACGCGCACAUGCGGCCUCGAACAGACAUUCCAUUUUGUCCCAACAGUGGCCGCGUCCUCCUUCUGGCAUCCCUACCUCGCCUCUGCCGUCCGUUACGGUUCUCCCACCGACUCUGAUCCCUGAUCGCCACAUCUCUCGCCCUGCAAGUACUGCAUCGCUGUCCACCAGCGUUGUAUCCUCGACGAUCAAUACGUCAGCGCACGCAUUGGACCCAGCACAGGUCUUGCACGACUCACCUACGCUACCGUCCUUCGCACCCUUCUCGGAUGCUGUGAUCUCCGAGCACGAAGCGCGACAAGGACACGAGCGGGGCCUCAGUGUUCCUAUUCCGAAGCAUUCCCGCAGGACACGCAGCAUGGGCAGGUUGAUCACGAGGAACCUGAGUCUCAGCUCGCGAGAUCAGCAGCGUUCUAGACAACAGGAGGAAGGAGCGAUCUAUAUGACUGUGGUGCAGGAAACCUUAUAAGUAAAUCACAGGCUGAGACUUCGACAUGUACAGUGAGGUCUGGCGUCCCGCUCUUUCGUUCCGACACCCAUAUACCAUUUGAACGCCUGACCGCGUUCAGAAUUCUCAAACUCAUUCGUUCUCAUGCUGUAGCCAAGUCGUACUACUUACUCCCACUGUAGCUCUGUUGCCAUUGCUGUAUCAUACACCUUCCUUCCCCCUCUACAGGACCCCUAGUGUGACUGCAUGUUCAUACUUGCGACUACACAAUUGACUACAUGGACGUCGAGCUGGUU